AUGGCUUACACGGCCUCUUAUCCCGACAAUCCUUCACGCUCACAACCGCCAAACGGCAAUCUACAACCAACAUUUGACCAGGAUGAGUUCAAGUCCUCAUACGACGACCUCAUAGAUGAAUACUCUUCCCCUUAUGCCGCCAAUUCUCGCCACCAAACUUAUGCUGUCCAGACACCAGCUCAAGAACAGCACCGCCGAGGCCCCUCUUAUCCACUCUCUCACAAACCGACACUCUCCUCGAAACAAUCGGAUGACUCCUCUCAUGACCUUACCGCCGUCGCAUACCCCCCACGGCCACCGCAGAAGCAGAUGGAUACGAGAACGUUCUGGCAAAAAGUCCUCCCGGAAUCGCUAGCAUGUCGAUUCUAUGUCAUCACUGUUCUCGUAGAGACUACAAUAGAUCUCGCUAUCGAAGCUGAACUCCUACUGCGAGUUCAUGAAGUCGACGCAUCCGGUAACGACGACGACACAUCUAAUCCAAAUAAAAUGCCUGUAUAUUUGAGCAUCUUUGCCCUUGCCCACGUUUUCCAACUCGUGAUGGCGUGUGACGCCGUAUAUGCUCGAAAUACGCUCCAGUUCAUCUUUCUAACUGUCUUCAACGCGCUUUUCCUCGUCUACGCUAUCAUUCAAAUUGCCGAAAUUCGCGAAAUAGUCCCAACCGAAGAUUCCUCCGCCGUACCGAUUAACGUCCUUACAACCAUCAUACCAAUUGUCAUUUCCAUUGCUGAAUUGGCAUACAUCGGGUUAGGCUGGAAGAUUUAUAAUGAGUUCGGUUGGAAGGUGUAUAAAUUCCUGGGAGCCGAUCGACGAAUAAAGAAGAUGUAUGCCAACUACCAGAUUUACGAAUGCCUUGUCAAGUUCGACGUUUUCUUUUGGGCCGGAUUUUCUGUACAGUUCAUCUGGUUAGUGCUGCAAAAGACCGAUUGGGAGUAUUAUGUGACAUGCGCUGCUAUGCCGUUGUCGUUGAUUCUUCUGGUCGAGGGACAUCUCGCUGCCCGACAUGAGAACAAAUGGAUGAUGGCGACGUUCAUGUCGGGUUGUGUUGGCGCUAUGGUCUACUUUGUGUACAAGCUUGUCAAAGUGCUCAUGUACAAAAAUACGGAUGACCUUAAACUUGUUUGGAAGACGCUAAUGGUAUUCUCGGUUAUCGCGAUUGUGCUACUGGUUGCGACUUUCAUUCUUUCAAUCAUGGUCAUGCGAAAUUUUGGUCGAGGAUUGAAGAGUGCAUUGGCCCGAAAGAACACACAUCAACGGUAUGGUUCAACACAUCCCGCAGCGUUUUCAGGACCCGCAAGCCUGAAUCCGAACCGGAUGAGUAUUGAUUGA